CCAUUGUACAUUGCAUGGUAAUACAUUCUGGAGUCAUAUAAAUUUUAUCCAGUUCGCAGCUGUAGAAGUAUGAGCAAUCUUUUAUAUAGGAAAUCUGUGAACUUAUUCUAGGGGAUAACAAAAUGGGUCAGUUAUUUUGCUGUGUUAAAGUGGAACAGUCAACUGUGGGCAUGACGGAGAAAUUUGGACGGUUUGAGAAAGUACUAGAGCCGGGGUGCCAUUGUGUGCCAUGGGUUAAUGGAAUUCAAAUAAGAGGCUUUCUUUCCUUAAGAGUAAGGAAAUUGGAUGUCCAUUGUGAAACAAAAACCAAGGAUAAUGUUUUUGUGACUGUGAUGGCCUCUGUUCAAUACCACGCUCUUGCAGAGAAGGCCAGUGAGGCAUUUUAUAAGCUGAGUGAUACAAGGGGACAAAUUCAGGCAUAUGUAUUUGAUGUUAUUCGUUCUAGUGUCCCAAAGAUGAAUCUUGAUGAUGUGUUUGAACAAAAGAGUGAGAUUGCUAAAGUUGUUGAAGAAGAACUUGAAAAGGCUAUGUCAAACUAUGGAUACGAGAUAGUUCAAACUCUUAUUGUAGAUAUAGAACCUGAUGAGCGUGUGAAGAAAGCAAUGAAUGAUAUAAAUGCAGCUGCAAGAACAAGAGUAGCCACACAAGAAAAAGCAGAGGCAGAGAAAAUUUUACAGAUCAAGAGAGCAGAAGGAGAAGCUGAAUCAAAGUAUCUGUCAGGACUUGGCAUUGCUAGACAAAGGCAAGCAAUUGUGGAUGGGCUGAGAGAGAGUGUACUUGCUUUCUCAGGGAAUGUGCCUGGCACAAGUGCAAAGGAUGUGAUGGAUAUGGUGUUGGUGACACAGUAUUUUGACACAAUGAAAGAGAUUGGAGCAAAUUCCAAAUCUUCAGCAGUGUUCAUACCCCAUGGACCUGGUGCAGUUCAUGAUGUUGCUCAGCAGAUCAGAGAUGGACUGCUUCAGGGAUCACAUGCUCAUGAGUAGAAACAUGGUGUCAAGCUUUGCAAUGCUAAUUUGCAUUUUAUUAUACUCACAGUAAAUAGGCAUAGAUUAGUUUAGUAUUUCAUCUUUAGAUUACAUUGGUACCCAUCAUACUUCAUCUUGUAUGAUGAAAUUGUGAUUCCAGUAAAUUAGUAUAUUUUUUGUGACUUUGCAUCCAUUAGUUUGG